UGUAACUGGCGAACUGCUUUGAGUACUGUGCACCUUAUUUUGAAAAUUGCAAAAGAAAAAAAAAAUCAAUAAAGAGUUUAUUUGUCACACUAACGUUUUGCCCUCCAAAGCAGUGACAGAAAACGUUAUUGCGAUGUCAACACGUUAAUACACAUGACAAUAUUUCCCGUGGGUGUUUGCGUGGAGUAACUUUGAAACGUUGGCUAUGCAGUGAGAGGAAACCGGCCGCUUGCCAGGGGCUUACUGCACUUCUCUCAGGUACGUACGCAGAAUACCGCGUUAAAGACGGCAUCAAGAGAGCUCCUGCAGACCCCCUCAGGAUGACCUGGAGGCACUACCUGUCCUGCAGGUAACAGUGUCAGGUAACAUUGGACGUCUGUGUGUCCGUCCUCCUGCCCUCAGAGUGGAGAUGAUCCACAGCGCCGCCCUGCUGGCGACAUGCAUCUGGAUGCAGACUCUCACAGCCCACGCCCUGAGCUCCUGUCCCUCAAUGCCCCCCAGAGCUGUGGAUUUCUCUGUCCCUUAUGAGCUUCCCUACUUUGAGACACGUGGCCCUAUCCAGAACAUCGUGGCCAAUCUGGAAUACCACGAGGUGUACGUGGCGUCACAGAAUUUUAUCGAGGCAGUGAACAGCAGCCUGGGUAAAAAAUGGGAGGUGCGCACGGGCCCCGUGGGCAACCCUGAUUGCGAGGUCUGCGACUCGUGUGAUAUCGAACGGGAUCCUAGCAUGUUGGAGGACACAGACAAUGAAGUCCUACUCUUGGACACAUUUUACAUGUAUCUAUACAUGUGCGGCAGCUCUCAGUAUGGAGUCUGUGCUUUCUACCAGCUUUACGAGGAUGAGCCACCCUCCUCCCCGAAGUGCUUGUUUAGGAAGGCUUUCAACUCACCCAGUAACUGUCCUGACUGCCUGGCCAGCCCCCUCGGCACCAAGGUCGCCAUGGUGGAGGAGGGGCAGACGGUGUACUUCUUCGUGGCGGCGACCGUAAAUGACAAUGUGGCUCAGAGGUACGGCAGGAAGUCGAUAUCAGUGCGGCGGCCGCUGGCGACGGAGGACGGAUUCUACACAGACGUGCGGGGCCUGACCGUGCUUCCGGGCCUGCGGGGGUCGUACCGCAUCAACUACAUCUACAGCUUCUUCACGCAGGAGUAUGUCUACUUCCUGUCCGUGCAGAGGGAGAGCCCGGGCCAGGAGGCCUCGCCCUUCCAGACGCGGCUGGGCCGCCUCCCGCGCAACGAGUGGGAGAUGCGGCGCUACCGUGAGGUGGUGCUGGAGUGCCGCUUUGAGCCUAAGCGCAGGAGGCGGAGGAGAGAGGCCUUCCGGGACGUGGUGUACAACGUGCUGCAGGCGGCGCACUUCGGGAGGGCCGGCAAGGAGCUGGCGGAGGAGCUGGGCGCUGAGGAGGAGGACGACAUACUGUACGGAGUUUUCGCCGUGACGGACGACUCCGGCGAGCCCGACCACGACUCUGCCCUCUGCGCCUUUCCCGUGGACAACGUCAACAAGGCCAUCGACGAGGGCGUGGACGCCUGCUGCACGUCCGGACCGGAGCAGCUCUCUCGUGGGCUCUGCCACUUUCAGCCCUGUGAGAGCUGUCCGCAUGAGAGCAUGGAGAACAAUGCCACUUGUAAGGACCAGCCCACGAUGGUGUCCAAGCCUUACUACAGGGUAGACCUCUUCAACAGGCAGAUGCGCAACGUCCUGCUGACCUCCCUGCUGGUCACCACCAUUGAGAACAAGACCGUUGCCCACAUCGGGACCUCCAACGGGCGCCUGUUACAGUUGGUCUUGAGAAGAUCCAGUCCUGUUAUCUUUGCUAAUUACUCCCUGGUGGAGAAUCAGAGAGUGUCCUCCAUCGCCGCCGUGUACUCACCCGAGUCUUUACUUUUUGUGGUUGGAAACAAGUUGAUCCGCGUGCCCCAGAAAGGACCGGGGUGUCGACACUUCCUCACUUGCUCCAUGUGCCUGAGGGCGCCCAGGUUCAUGGGGUGUGGGUGGUGUGGGGACGUCUGCUCCUGGGAGAGCCAGUGCAGUGGGCGCUGGAGGAACGAGUCCUGCCCGCCCACCAUCACUGAGUUCUUCCCAAAGAGAGCACCCCCUGAUGGUCACACAGAAUUGACCCUUUGUGGCUGGGAGUUCCAGUCACCCCUGCGGCCUGCCAUUAGCUCUAAAACUCAUGAGGUCAAUGUGGGGCAAACCACUUGUGCCGUAAUUCCAGACAAGAGCAACAGCACACACCUCGUGUGCAAGAUCAAUGCAGGCCCGAAGGAGCUGUCCCAGCCUCUCAACAUCACGGCAAAAGUACAUGAAGGGAGGGUGGAAGGCCGUUACUCCAUCGACGGGGAAGCUCGAAUUGAAGGAUUCACCUUUGUGGAACCUGACAUCAUGCAGAUAAAGCCAGACUACGGGCCUCAGGUCGGGGGUACCCUUGUGACCGUGACUGGGCACUUUCUAGAUUCAGGAAAGACCAGGGGAGUCACCCUGGGUGGGGCUACGUGUCCAAUCAAAAGUGUUUUCGUAUCUGAGGGGAACGUUUCCUCCAUUGUCUGCCUGACUCAGCGUGUGUCAGAGGUGAAGGAUGCCAUCUUGAAGGUGCACAUUGAUGAAUAUCCCCUCAACCUCAAGGUUUUCCAUUACAAAGAGACACCGCAGAUCACAGAGGUGGUUCCCAACUGCAGCUUUGACAGAGGCUCCAGAAUCAUCAUCAGAGGAAGGAACCUGGAUUCAGUCUACAGGACUAUCAUACGCUUCAAGCCCAAUGAGAGCUACCUGAAGCCUGUGUCUGGGGAGUGUAGCGGCAAGGCAGGUCCGACGGAGAUGGAGUGCAUGGCCCCUCCAUUCCACAGGGAUGAGUCUGAGGAAGGUGAGCUGUCCUUCGACAUGGACGGAGCAGUGGGGCUGUGGAAGAAGGAGUUCUCUUACCACCCGUCUGCCGAACCAAUCCCCUUUGAAAACGAGGGCCGCGUGCUUAGGCUGUACCCCGGUGAGGACGAAGUAUCCCUGCAUCACAAGAAACUGAACCUUGUCAGCUCCUGUAUGACCAUUACCAUGACGGUGGGAGGAGUCGACUGUGAUGCCAAAGUUCUGGACAAUGAAAUUACCUGCAGGAUCCCAAAAAACCUGACUGUCCCCAGUGAAGGGUUACCUGUCAAGAUCAUCAUCAACGGGGACGGGCAGGACGUGGGGCGUGUGGUGAUCAUCAAUAACCACUCCAUGGUGGGCAUCGUGCUGGGCAUCCUGGGGGCACUGGUGGCUGGGGCCGUGCUGGCCUUCGUGGUGAUGAACCACCUGAGGAAGAAGAAGAAGGCCACCUUGGCAGAGACCCGCUUGUCUCGUAUCUCGCACAGCCGGAACCGGACUGGCAGCCAUGCGGACCUGUCCCCUGAGGGCGACUACAGACGAGAGCUGCCUCUCAUCACUGCCUCCAGCUCAGGGGGGCUGGUGGCCUUCCCCGGCCUGGCCUAUGCUGGCAGCCUGGAUGGUACUCUCACUCCACUCAUGCCCCCUGAGAAGAUCUCCAUGUCCAGCUUCAGGCCUGAGCUCCUGGAGGAAGUGAAGGACGUCCUGAUCCCGGCUGAGAUGCUCAACGUGCAGCAUCACCAGAUCAUCGGGAAAGGUCACUUUGGUACAGUUUAUCACGGUUACCUCAGGGACCACAAUGACAGAGAAAUCCACUGUGCAGUGAAGUCCUUAAACAGGAUCACAGACGUGGAGGAGGUGGAACAAUUCCUGAAGGAAGGCAUCUUGAUGAAGGGCUUCCACCAUAGCAACGUGCUCUCCUUGCUGGGCAUACUGCUGCCCCAGGAGGGGCUCCCCCUGGUGGUGUUGCCCUAUAUGAAGCACGGAGACCUGCGUCACUUCAUCCGCUGUGAGAACAGGAACCCCACAGUGAAGGACCUGAUUGGCUUUGGGCUUCAGGUCGCCAAGGGGAUGGAGUACUUGGCGCAGAAGAAGUUUGUGCACAGAGACCUGGCAGCACGCAACUGCAUGCUUGACGAGUCGUACACGGUGAAAGUGGCCGACUUUGGUAUGGCACGGGACGUCUUCGACAAGGAGUACUAUAGCAUCCAGGACCACAGAAAGGCCAAGCUGCCAGUCAAAUGGAUGGCCAUUGAGAGCCUGCAGACACAAAAGUUCACCACCAAGUCAGACGUGUGGUCCUUUGGGGUCCUGAUGUGGGAGAUGCUGACCAGAGGAGCCAGUCCCUACCCUGAGGUCGACCCCUAUGACAUCACACAUUACCUAUUGAAGGGGCGGAGACUUCCGCAGCCACAGUACUGCCCUGACCCUCUAUAUGCCAUCAUGCUCCAGUGCUGGGACCCUGAGCCGGACCUGCGCCCUACGUUUGCCACCCUUGUCUCGGAGGUCCUAGAGAUCCUGUCUGGCCUGGAGGGGGAGCACUACAUUAGCCUCAAGGUCACAUAUGUCAACCUUGACCAGCCGCGUCCCUACCCACCACUCACAGAAUCUGCCGACGAGUACGAUUCCUCUGACCCCUCCGACCAUGGAGAAUAUGAUUCAGACGCUCCCUGAUGGGUCACAAGAUCAACACCCAGGGUCAGCUGGGGCGGUCAGCCUAAACCCUAUGCCACGACAGGCUAGCCGUUAAAGGUGCUGCAAAGCUACCCCACAUGCGAUGACCCACAGGAAGGUGGCUUCUAAACAGAAGAGGACAUCCACUAUGGCCACACUACCUGUAGUUUUAAUAGAGGAGCUUUCCCCAGGCAUGGGAAAGGAGAAAGGACUAUAUGUUAAUGGAUUCCUUGACAGGAGGCAAGACUCAAUUGGCAGGAGGGCCAAAGCACUAUUUUAGCUUGGUAUUGUCUGUAAUUUGUGUGUAAAUGGCUAGAUGUACUCUUGAGCACUGUAGGAAUGAGCUUUGAUUUAUGUGUUUUUUUUGUUUAAUUUAUAUUAUCAUUUAAAUGGUUGAGAGACUUCACAUCCACACUUCAAGUCUACAGAAGGUACAGCAAUCCAUUUUGUAAAUAUGAUCAAACAAAUGCUCUGACAUGUAUCUGGCUCAUUUUAAUUGUAUAUUUUGGAUCAGAAAUUUGUAAAAGGAAUGGACUUUUGUAUUUAAAAAAAACCUGAAAUUGUCUUUGUAGUCCCAAUAUUCUAUGUCUCUCAUUCUCAUACCAACAUUUAUUGAAUGUGUAGACAUAAUUUAUUUUAUUAAUAUUUUAAAAUGUAUUUCUUCUCGUAAGGUUGAGGGACACCUAAGUGUUAAUUUGUAUAUAUGUCACAAACCAACAGGAGGCAGAGUUUGACAAAUACAUGCUAGCUCUGCAAUCUCUAAAAUACUCAGUUCAUGUUUUACUCCAUAACAUUUUCAGUAUGACACAUAGCUAUAGGUUUUGUGUCAGGCUGCUAUUGCUGUGCUGUAUUUGAACAGGAAUGUAUCUCUAAUCAAGGCCCUUCAGUCCAAAACAGUGAAAACAGUUUAUGCCUCUUCAAUGGUUAGUCAGAGCUCAUACUUUAAAGGCCUUUUGGCUCAAUGGCAUUGCUGUAUAUUCUAGAUAGCCUUUACCUAUCCAACUAGAUUCAUACACAUACACACACAUACAAAUACGCACACAUACAUAGACACCUGCUGAGGGUUUGGGCUAGCUUACAGUGGGACUAUGUAAUCAAGUAAAUGCAAAGUGUUCCUGCUUUAUUUAUUUAUUUAAAACUUUGUGUCAAAUACGAUAAUUCAGUGCCUGGUUUUGUUGCAUUGAGUGGUACAUGUCUCUCUCCUUGUCUCCACCAGAGGUCAGUAUAUCUCAUGUUUUACUCAAUGCGUUGGACAUUCUAACACCCUGCUGUAAGAGAUUACAGAGCGAUACUGAACAAACAGCAGUUUCCUAAUAUAUUAAACACUGAACUGUGAAGUAAACCUCCAAAAUACAUAUUUCUCUCUAAUUAAAAAGAAAAAAAGCCCAGCAAUAUCAAAACACAAACUACUGGGAA